GGAGUCGAACGCUGAGAAUUCGUGUGUUGUGGCCUGAAACAUCUGGAUUAGCUUGAGAAGAAGUCUCUGUUGGCUUUAAAAAGUUUUUCGAUGAGUAAAUACAAGUGUAAAUGUUUAAAUAUCACUAUACACGUCAAAGAAAAAGCUACUCGCGAGACGGACGGUAAAGCGUUUGUUUCAUCUCCCGAGAAAACAGCUUUCUUCCUGCUAGAUCUCUCCGAAGUCGAAUUAGCAGUUGGUGGAAUAACGAAGGUAACUUUUAAUUCUUCAGUAUUUGCUCUAUAAGAGCAGUUCUUAGGGCCACGUCGACACUAAGUUGAUACAGAAAGUUAAAGGCGAUGCGAUCCUGUGAUCGUAUGGGCUGACAGAGGCAAAGCGCGCCAAAUCUUGGCGGGUUUUUACUGAAGUUCUGAUUCUUUAUUUGUAAUUAUUGUUCUUGAUUUCUUAGUUCUUUGUAAUUUGAUUUUUAAAAGUUCCUCAAACAUUUCUCUGAUUGCAUCAGAUUCGACAUGUCCUAUAUCAUGGUUUACCUGACAAGGUGCCUCGUCGAUUGGAGCUUAGUGCUUAUUUAACUUUUGACAGCUGCAAGCUAACGAAAAUUAAAGGGAGCUUAAAUUUACCCUAGUUUUCCAGACUACAGGUUCGAAGCUUACAUUUUGUACAAUGUAGCUCAAAGCGAGGAAUAGUGUUAGAGAAAACAAUGAGGAAAGUCCUUUCAUCUCAGAAUACAGAUCCUUUUUCAAUAUUUUGUCGUUAUUUAUAGGCGACCUUUGACAUCUUUGCCCAUACCUUUUUCCUUUUUGACUGCUUUAGGAAGUCGGAAGUCUUGUUAAAGAAACCAGAAUCGAAGACUGGGAUAUCUUCACUUGCAUUAAUUGUGGCAUGGAUACUCACGCUUUGCAUGCAGUGAAAAAGUAUGAUCGAGUUCUGAUAAAUAGAGGGUUGGAGGUAAGAAUGCAAUCAGAUAAAAUAAUUAUAGUGGGUUUAACACUGAUGAUAAUCAUUUUUUUCAAUUAAGCUUGCAUUUUUCAAACACGAAUGAAAAAUGUUUUUAAAUUGACGCAUAUCCUCUUUUUUCUAAGACGGUAUAUUAAAUAAUAAUUACCAUUCCAAGCUAAUCAUCAGCUUAUGGAUGUGAAGUGUUUUUUUGUAAGGACUUCAGAUGUCUUUCCUGGUUGAAAUCUAGCUGACAGACAGACCUCUGACAGAUUUGCAGUCAGUUUGCCAGCAAGCAAUAUUAUACGACUUCCUGUUUGCCUCUGAUUGUUUUUAAACCUGCAAGUUUUAAGGCAUGGGCAAGUUCGUUAGCGAUAAGAUUGCACAUGGGCAAAUUGACUGAUUACAUCAAUAUCGUUCCACCUGUUUUUUUCAAUAAAUAAACAGGUUUUUAACUGGUAUUUUUUCUAUACCUACACAGACUGUCAAGUGAAAAUGAUACUUGCUAUCUUAAUCCCAGUUCAGACGCUAUGCUUCACACGAACCAAACCAAAUUUCAAUUUCAAUUCAGACAGCUCAUCUAUCAAAACUAAAGAGGGAAAAACAUGCAUUUGAGUUACUACAUUCAUUAUAACAAUUUAUGGAUUGGUUCAACUCUUGUGAAGUCCUGUGUCUGAACAGAAACUCAUAAGGGGUUGAAACGUGUAACUCGCGUUCAAUGCUCGUGAAUAUUCAUUUUGACCAUAUUUGGAAACCUUAGUGACAGAUAUCCAUUUUCAACAAAAUGGCUGCUGCGCGAUCACCAUGCAGAUGUUUUAAGACAAGAGUUCUGCAUUUCAAGGUUAAAAAUACACCAUUAAAAGACAAAAAAUGGAAAGAGAAAGUUCAAAAGACUGCUCAGCUUUCUUUUUGUGGAGAAAGGGAAGCUUUUUCUUCAUGGCAGAGCCCAUGGUCUGUUUUGAAAUGCAACCAAUUCAGCAAAGUUUUUGCAGAAUUUUCAGGUACAUUUUACACUCUAUGGCCAAGACAGUUAUGUUUUUGAAAGGGAAUUUAUUUAUUUUUAAAUGUUUCAUAGACGUUUUAUAAAUUUUUCUCUUCGGCGCUAAAGAAAAAUUACAAAAUGUGCUCUGAUUUGAGAUGGAUUUUGUGUUGAAUUUUGCCAUGUGCUUAGCCAAUUUCACUUGCGUGAACGGAUCCAUGAUCCAGAUAGUGUUUUCUGAAUUGCUUUAGAGGAUUAACUUUUUGGACUUUGAAUAAAAAUUUUCAAGAAACGGCUUCUCUCUCUAUUGUCUUGAGUUUGUUCAUUCAUAAAAUUAGCUCAAAACACGAUCGUGACUACAAUAUCUAAGUUUAAUUUAAGCUUUUAAAAUGCUUCUCACAUUCAUUACAACCAUCACUUUUUGCGAAGAUGUCAGGUUCAGGUUUUGGACACUUUUUGACACGCAACUAAUGAAUUUUAUUAGAAAAUAUUUUUCACUAUUUUUUCUAGACUUUUAACAUAAGAAUUUUAAAAGCCUAUUUGCAGUAUAAGUUUACUGUGCAGGGGUCAACGAGGCAUCGUUUU